GCGCAGUGCCCUCCGCGGGCCCGGCACUAGGCGGGCCGGAGGAUGAGCCAGCAGCCGGCGGGGAAGAUGUCGGCGGCUACCCUGGCGGCCGAAGCGCUGGAGCCGGCGGCGGGGAUGCUCGAGGGCCGGCAGAGGAAGCUGGAGUCCAUGAUCCGCGACCCGCGCUCCCCGGUCAACGUGGAGAGCCUGCUGGACGGCUUGAAUUCUUUGGUCCUUGAUCUGGAUUAUCCAGCGCUGAGGAAGAACAAGAACAUUGAUAAUUUUUUAAAUAGAUAUGAGAAGAUUGUGGAAAAAAUCCGAGCUUUACAAAUGAAAGCUGAAGACUAUGAUGUUGUUAAGGUGAUUGGAAGAGGGGCUUUUGGAGAAGUGCAGCUGGUUCGCCAUAAAAUGACACAGAAGGUUUAUGCAAUGAAGCUACUUAGUAAAUUUGAAAUGAUCAAGAGAUCAGAUUCAGCCUUUUUCUGGGAAGAAAGAGAUAUCAUGGCCUUUGCCAACAGCCCAUGGGUGGUUCAGCUAUUUUGUGCCUUUCAAGAUGACAAAUAUUUGUACAUGGUAAUGGAAUACAUGCCUGGUGGAGAUCUUGUAAACCUUAUGAGCAAUUAUGAUGUGCCUGAAAAAUGGGCCAAGUUCUACACAGCUGAAGUUGUUCUUGCUCUUGAUGCAAUUCACUCCAUGGGCUUGAUACACAGAGAUGUGAAGCCUGACAAUAUGCUUUUAGAUAAGUAUGGACAUCUGAAGCUGGCAGAUUUUGGCACUUGCAUGAAAAUGGAUGAAACAGGAAUGGUGCGCUGCGACACAGCCGUGGGGACUCCUGACUACAUCUCGCCCGAGGUCCUGAAAUCGCAGGGGGGCGAUGGUUAUUAUGGACGGGAAUGUGACUGGUGGUCUGUGGGAGUUUUCCUUUUUGAGAUGUUAGUUGGUGACACUCCUUUUUAUGCAGACUCACUAGUAGGAACAUAUAGUAAAAUUAUGGAUCAUAAGAACUCAUUGCAUUUCCCAGAUGAUGUGGAAAUCUCUAAGCAUGCAAAGAACCUUAUCUGUGCCUUUUUAACUGAUAGGGAUGUGCGACUCGGGAGAAAUGGGGUAGAAGAAAUCAAACAUCACCCUUUCUUCAGAAGUGAUCAGUGGAACUGGGACAACAUUCGAGAGACUGCUGCUCCUGUUGUUCCUGAGCUUAGCAGUGAUAUAGACAGCAGUAAUUUUGAUGACAUUGAGGACGACAAGGGAGACGUGGAAACCUUCCCAAUCCCCAAAGCCUUUGUGGGAAACCAGCUGCCUUUCAUAGGAUUUACCUACUACAGAGAAAAUUUGUUGCUAAGUGACUCCUCUCAGUCUUGCAGAGAAAACGAAUCUGUGCAAUCUAGUAAAAAUGAGGACAGCCAAGAGAAAAUGCUAUCCAAAAACAUCUGCUCCAGUGGAAAGUCUCUGGCUACAGAGCACAGCAAAGGGCCGUUUCAGAAAAAACUAAGCAAGCUAGAAGAACAGCUCAGUAAUGAAUUACAAGCCAAAGAUGAACUAGAACAGAAGUACAGGUCUACAAGUGUUCGUUUAGAGAAGAUAGCGAAAGAGCUCGACGAAGAGAUAACUUCAAGGAAGAAUGUAGAGUCUGCAGUCAGGCAGUUAGAGAGAGAGAAGGCUCUUCUUCAGCAUAAGAAUACAGAAUACCAGAGGAAAGCAGAGCAUGAAGCAGAUAAGAAACGCAAUUUGGAAAAUGAGGUUAACAGUUUGAAAGACCAACUUGAAGAUUUAAAAAAGAGAAAUCAGAACUCUCAAAUAUCCAAUGAAAAAAUCAACCAACUACAAAGACAGUUGGAUGAAGCCAAUUCUUUGCUGCGGUCAGAGUCUGAUACUGCAGCCAGGUUAAGGAAGAACCAGACAGAAAGCACAAAGCAAAUCCAGCAGCUGGAAAUUAAUAAUAGAGAGCUACAAGAUAAGAACUGCCUGCUAGAGAAUGCAAAACUCAAACUGGAGAAGGAGUAUCUCAAUCUUCAGUCAGCUCUAGAAUCAGAAAGGAGAGAUCGAAGUCAUGGAUCAGAAAUUAUCAGUGAUUUACAAGGUCGAAUAUCUAGCCUCGAAGAAGAAGUGAAAAAUGGAAAGAGUGCAUUAGCCAAACUGGAAAUGGAGAAAAGACAAUUGCAGGAAAAGCUCACAGAUUUAGAAAAGGAAAAGAGCAACAUGGAAAUAGAUAUGACAUAUAAAUUUAAAGUUAUGCAGCAGAACCUUGAACAAGAAGAAGCUGAACAUAAAGCCACAAAAGCACGAUUAGCAGACAAAAAUAAGAUCUAUGAGUCUAUUGAGGAAGCAAAAUCUGAAGCUAUGAAAGAAAUGGAAAAGAAACUUCUGGAAGAGAGAGCUUUAAAGCAGAAAGUAGAAAAUCGGCUGUUGGAAGCUGAGAAGCAGCGCUCCAUGUUGGACUGUGAUCUCAAACAAUCGCAACAGAAAAUAAACGAGCUCCUUCGGCAAAAGGAUAUACUCAGUGAGGAUGUAAAAAACUUGACAUUAAAAAUAGAGCAAGAAACACAAAAGCGCUGUCUCACUCAAAAUGACCUCAAGAUGCAAACACAGCAGGUCAACACCUUGAAAAUGUCGGAAAAGCAGUUAAAACAGGAGAACAAUCACCUUCAGGAAAUCAAAUUAAGUCUGGAAAAACAAAACAACGAACUCCGCAAGGAACGUCAAGAUGCAGAUGGACAAAUGAAAGAGCUUCAAGACCAGCUCGAAGCUGAACAGUAUUUCUCAACUCUCUAUAAGACACAAGUUCGAGAGCUUAAAGAAGAAUGUGAGGAAAAGACCAAAAUUUGUAAAGAAAUGCAGCAAAAGAUACAAGAGUUACAGGAUGAAAGAGAUUCCUUGGCUGCUCAGCUAGAGAUUACUUUGACAAAAGCAGAUUCAGAACAACUUGCCCGUUCCAUUGCUGAAGAACAGUACUCUGAUUUGGAAAAAGAGAAGAUUAUGAAAGAGCUGGAGAUUAAAGAGAUGAUGGCAAGGCAUAAACAGGAACUUACUGAGAAAGAUGCCACCAUAGCCUCGUUGGAGGAAGCAAAUAGGACACUAACUAGUGAUGUGGCUAACCUUGCUAAUGAGAAAGAAGAACUAAACAAUAAACUGAAGGAAGCACAAGAACAAAUUACAAAGCUAAAAGAAGAAGAAGCAAAUGUAGGAAAUAUUAAAGCACAAUUUGAGAAACAGCUGUUGAAUGAAAGAACAUUAAAAACCCAGGCUGUGAAUAAAUUGGCUGAAAUCAUGAAUCGGAAAGGUCCAGUCAAACGUGGAGCUGACACUGAUGUACGGCGGAAGGAGAAGGAAAAUAGGAAGCUGCAUAUGGAACUGAAGUCUGAACGAGAAAAGUUAACCCAGAUGAUGAUCAAAUAUCAGAAGGAAAUAAAUGAAAUGCAGGCACAAAUAGCAGAAGAGAGUCAGAUACGAAUUGAACUGCAGAUGACUCUGGACAGCAAAGACAGUGACAUUGAACAGCUUCGUUCCCAGCUGCAGUCACUGCACAUUGGGCUGGACAACAGUAGCAUAGGCAGUGGACCUGGAGAGGCUGAAGCAGAUGAUGGAUUCCCUGAAUCAAGACUGGAAGGCUGGUUAUCAAUGCCUGUUAGAAAUAACACUAAAAAAUUUGGAUGGGUUAAAAAGUAUGUAAUUGUAAGCAGCAAAAAGAUCCUGUUCUAUGACAGUGAACAAGACAAGGAACAAUCUAACCCCCAUAUGGUAUUGGAUAUAGACAAACUCUUCCACGUCCGACCAGUCACUCAGACUGAUGUGUACAGAGCAGAUUCCAAGGAAAUUCCUAGGAUAUUCCAGAUCCUAUAUGCUAAUGAAGGAGAGAGCAAAAAGGAACAGGAAUUUCCUGUGGAGCCCAUGGGAGAGAAGUCAAAUUACAUUUGCCACAAAGGACAUGAGUUUAUACCUACUCUUUACCACUUCCCAACCAAUUGUGAAGCUUGCAUGAAGCCACUGUGGCACAUGUUUAAACCUCCUCCUGCUCUGGAAUGUCGCCGCUGCCAUAUCAAAUGUCACAAAGAUCACAUGGAUAAAAAAGAAGAGAUUAUAGCACCUUGCAAAGUGUACUAUGAUAUUUCUACGGCAAAGAAUCUACUACUGUUAGCAAAUUCUACAGAAGAACAGCAGAAAUGGGUGAGCCGACUGGUGAAAAAGAUACCCAAGAAGCCUCCAGCACCAGACCCCUUUGCUCGAUCUUCUCCCAGAACUUCCAUGAAGGUACAGCCAAACCAAUCCAUCAGACGACCAAGUCGACAGCUUCCUCCAAACAAACCAAGCUAACUGCUUUCCGUGAAUGCAGACACAGUCAAGGUGAUAAUUUUCUUCCUGUUACAGCAAGACUGAAACAUAUCCCAAAAUAUAUUAAAAAUAUAUAUUUUCCUGAGAGAUUGUGCUAUAUAUAUCAGAGGUUUACAUUUUUGCUGCAAUAUAAAUUACUAAUCUCUGAGGGUUUUCCUGUAUUCUCCCGAGUGACUGAUCAGUUGAGGAAUGGUUGGUAAAUAGUCAAAGGAUAUGUUAAGUAACCUUUUAAACUCUGUUCCACAAAAGCUUUCUUGGCAAGACACAUACACUACAUUUCAUAAAAGGAUCAAGAGGAAUGAGUAUUGAAAUGGAAGAAACUGACUUUUCAGCUUUCGUAAUGAUGCCACCAGCAUGUCUGCAAGUAGAACCAGAGGAAGAUCCACCAUAGUGAUAUAGACUGCAUCUGUAAGAAGUGACCAUUAUACUGUGUAUAUAUAUUGUACUGUAAUACUGCAAGAGGGUUUUAAAAAUCUUUCCACUUUAUUUUUUUAUGCUUAUUAAUCAGAUACCGUUACUUAUUGCAGUUGCAACUAUGCACUUGUAUAAAGCCAUAAUGUUGAAGUUUAUAUCAUUCAUACACAUCUAUCAGAAGCUGCAUGUCAGUGUUCAGCAGCUAGUAUAGGUUUGAAGUAUAUACUAGUUUCAGCUACGUCAUCAUGUGCAGUCCCCUUUUACCUAAUUGCCUUAAUUUAAUUUUUUUUCAAGUUCUUUUCCCAUUCUUUCUAUUUAAGGAAAAAGAAAGUUUACCAGCUCUUAGGAUGCAGUUUUGCUUUGUGGCAGAAAAAAUAGUGCACUAUUUUUACACCUAGUAAGUUUAUCAGUUUCAACCUAUUUUGAAUGUAUAUCAACUGGUUUUAAGGGUGGAGAAGUGUUGUUACAGAAAUAAUGUCUGAGAGCAUGGGAUUUACCAGACCAUUUGCUUGUGCAUGUAACUGCUCAUCCAGCCCUUUUUACAAACCUCAAUACUAGUUAUUGACUUAUAUUAACCCUCAUUAAGUGCUAUGAAACUUCAUUUUGCCUUGUUUUUGCAUACUCUCCUAGAUGUGGGGUUUUUUUUAUUUCUGGAAAAUAAAAUAUCUGUGACUAUUUUUACAUUUCGCAACACAAUAUCCAAGGACUGUCACAAACUUUAAGAAAAGUAAAACAUACUGUAGAUGUAUUUUAAAGUUGUAAUCUCGUUCUCUAGCACAUAGCUGUAGGCAUAGAUAAAUAUUUCAGUAGUGUGUUUUGAGAACUGAUAGCUGGGAAGAAAGGGCCUCAGAGGCACUUAAUCUGACUUUUUUUUAAACUUGGAGUUGUACAAAAAAUAUUUAUGUGGGCUCAUUCAUGAUGUGUUCAUAAUUAUCCCAGAAAAUGCAUGUUUUAUACAACUACAGUAUGUGAUGUUAAACAUAUUGACAGUAAAAAAUGUAGUCUCCUA